GUAACGAUAUCCAUGUUCAUCGAAUUACUUGAUAGUAGGGCACAGCUGAAAAUAUAUUUGGAAAGAAUUUUCUAAAUACAACGGAAUCAGUCAAACAAAGGAUGCACUACGACAAGAUGAGUUGUCUUCUCCUAUAUCUCCUAUGUAUAAUAUCAGGUAGAGUGAGUGCUACCCUAACCGAAACGAUUCAAAAGUCAGAUGGAGUUGAAACGGGUCUGAAUAGGAAUGACCUUGUCGCUCAGUACGAACGACUUGAAGCACACGAAAGUGAAAUUGAAGAAAGCCUCCAGCGUAGUCCACAACAGGAACAGAUUUUGGAGAGAAUCGUGAGAAGUACGCCGGUAGAAGAAACGACCCAUUUUAGAUCAAUGGGAGAUACCAUAGAGGAAGUCAACAGACAUGCAGGAUUAGGAAAACUUUUGUAUCAGAGUGACAUUGUGUUAACAGACGAACAAUUCAACGAUAUUAUUGAUGAUAUUGAAGCGAAGAAUGGUCGAAAGAAACGCCAAGCCGUCAACAAAAAAAUACAUGGUGAACAAGUGUGGCCAAAUGGCGUUGUUUAUUAUUAUUUCCAUUCACAAAUAAACGUAAACAUAUCAAGGCUAUUCAUGAAGGGGAUAGCUCAAUGGUCGUCACAAACCUGCAUUGAUUUCGUCGAAAACAGAUUUGCGAUCACACGCAUUCAGAUAGCCUCUCAUGAAGAGGGUUGCUGGACAACUGUGGGACCUGUAAUGUACAAAGCGCAACGACUUAAUUUAGGAGAAGGAUGCGAUCUGAUCGGUUCCGUCGUGCAUGAAAUUGGACAUAUAUUGGGUUUCUGGCAUACGCAAGCAAGAAUGGAUCGUGACCGUUAUAUUCUCCUUCUGUUGGAAAACAUUGAGAGAGAUGAGGGCAAAAACUUUCUCAUAUCGGAUAGUACCAAAAACGAAAACUAUGGCAUUCCAUACGACUUUGGAAGUGUAAUGCACUACGGAUCAAAAAUGUUCUCAGUUAAUGAUAAUCAUACGAUGUUCCCUAUUGAUGAGAGAUAUAUCGACACUAUGGGCUCGCCAUUCAUUUCAUUCUACGACUUGCUUAUGAUGAAUAUUCUUUACGAUUGUCUUGGUAAAUGUAAGCAUAAUCCCAGAACGGCAAAAUGCAAAAUGGGCGGUUUCCCAAAUCCGAGAGAUUGCACAAAAUGUGUCUGUCCGGGAGGAUAUGGGGGGCGGCUAUGCGACGAACGACCAGCUGGUUGCGGAAAAGUGUUACAAGCCACCACCACUUACCAGGAGUUGAAUGACACCAUAGGUGAUAAUAAUAUAUAUCUCUCAAACCAAGCGGAUGAUUAUAAAAUGUGCCAUUAUUGGAUACAGGCUCCUAAAGGGAGGAAAGUUGAAGUAAGGAUUAAGCAUUUUUCUCACAGAAAUGUUGUUAUUGAUGGAUGCUUCAUUGCGGGAUUUGAGAUCAAAUCACAAAGAGACCAAGGCAUGACUGGAUAUAGGUACUGCUCUCCUGCUUAUAUAGGGAAGUACUUUGUUUCACAUAACAACCUCCUGCCUAUUAUUACAUGGAGCAAAGCUUGGGCAGUCACUGUUUCCUUGGUUUACAAAUACAUCUGA